CUCCUCUAGGACAAGGACAAGAUAGACAACCAUGGCUUUGACGAUCCUCCACCUCGGAAGCACGGGCUACAUCGGCGGGGCCGUGUUGCACGCGCUGCUCCAGUCGCCGCCUCCAGGCCUGGCGCGCCUGGUCCUGCCCGUCUCGUCGCCCGCCAAGGCCGCAGACGUGCAGCGCUGGCGCGCCUCGCUCCCUUCCUCUGCUGCCGCCUUCUCCGGCACCGUCGAGGUGCCCGUCGUGCCGCGCGAGGGGCCAGCAUGGUACGAGACAGUGGAGCAGCUCUCGUCCCAGGCGGACCUCGCCAUCAAUGCGGCCACCUCCGACGACCUCGAGCUGACACGGGCCAUCAACCGCGGCCUCGUCAAGGGCAAGCGCCAGCAAGGGCGCAGGGGCACGCUCAUCCACCUCAGCGGCGUGCAGCUCAUCGAGAGCGAGCCCGUGGGCGACUACGUCGAGACGCCGCUCUAUGACGACGGCGACACGAAGUCCAUCGCCAGCAUCCCCGACAGCGCCGCACACCGCUCCAUCGAUCUCGAAAUCGUCGAGGCAGACACCUCUGGCGCGCUCUGGGCCUCAAUCGUGUGCCCAGCCCUCGUCUGGGGCCCGUCGCCCGGGCCCGGCGCAAAGCUAUCGACACUCGUGCCCGACAUGGUCCGCAAGGCGCUCCACAAUGGCCACGCCACGUACGUGGGCACGGGCAAGAAUGUCUGGGUGCACGUCUCGCUGCGCGACUGCGUCGGCCUCAUCACGCGCCUCGUCGCGCUCCACCUCGCUGCUGGCGACAAGGAGGGCGAGGGACAGGGGCAGGGUGAGGCGAAGAGAGAGGCACACGAGGGCUUCUACUUUGCCUCGUACAACGACGACCUCAUCGAUUUCCGGCAGGUGGCCGCGUCGAUCGGCCAUGUCCUCAGCGUCGAGCGCGGCCUCGUCGCGUCGGCCGAGCCACGCGCCGUGCCAUGCCCGCCGUUUGACGCCUCGAUGAAGGGCGUCCGCAUCGAGGAUGCCGCGCGGUCCCAGGCCGACGUCGACGUCGACGCACGCACGCCCAUUUGGCCCUGCCGCACAAACUGCCGCUGCAUCGCUCGCCGCGGACACGAGCGCCUCGGCUGGUCGGCCACCGACCGCUUCGACGAAGAGGCCAGACGGCAGGACGUCCGGGACUGCCUCGACGUCAUUCUUGCCGAGACGAAAAAGUAGGCAAGGGUACUACCGAACUAAGUAGCCAAGCAAUAAGAAAGCUGCAAACAAGCUGCGAAUAAGCUGCGAACGUUCGAUGAGCAUUCAGGCAACGAGAGAGAGAGAGUUAUAGACAGAACGAACACUGGGAAAGCAAAGGUGGGGGAGUGGGCAGCGUCUGGCCUGCGUGCGAAGGAGUACUACAACAAUAGGGAGAAUUACGAAAAGAGCGGGGAAGAGCCAAGACAAGUAGUAAGUACUGGGCCAGAGAAAGGGGAGGCUUCAUCGGCGCCUCGCGCCCCGUGGGAGAAUCAAAAGAGAGAAAAAGAGCGUGUGGUUGAGUUUUGUUUGCGGGAUAUCAUCGGGUGGAGUCCGUCGGUUCGGUCAGUCGGUGAAGGU